AUGGUUGUAAGAUCACUAGAUAUAGAUAAAGACUCAUUUCUCCCUCGAGAAAACGAUGAAGAUAUCAUUAGUCCUGAAGUACCAUACUUAAGUGCAAUAGGGGCAUUGAUGUACCUUGCUAGUCAUACGAGACCCGACAUAUCAUUUACAGUAAAUUUGUUAGCAAGGUUUAGCUCAUGUCCAACUCAAAGGCAUUGGAAUGGGAUAAAACAUGUACUUCGUUACCUCCAAGGAACGAAAGAUAUGGGAUUAUUCUUUCCUAACCAGACCAAAGAAGACUUAAUUGGUUUUGCAGAUGCAGGUUAUUUGUCUGAUCCCCAUAAUGCUCGAUCACAAACAGGAUAUGUUUUCACAUGUGGUGGUACUGCCAUUUCUUGGCGUUCCAUGAAGCAAACUAUUGCAGCUACUUCUUCUAACCAUGCAGAAAUUUUAGCUAUCCACGAAGCUAGUCGUUAUGGGAAAGAAGCUCCAACAGUUAUGUAUGAAGAUAAUGCAGCAUGCAUCGCACAGCUCAAGGAUGGAUACACCAAACGUGAUAGAACAAAGCACAUGUUACCAAAAUUCUUCUUCACCCAUGACCUGCAGAAGAAUGGUGAUGUACAGGUUCUGCAGAUUCGUUCAAGUGAAAAUUUGGUAGACCUAUUUACCAAGGCGCUUCCAACUGCUACUUUCAAGAAAUUAGUUUACCAGAUUGGAUUGCAUCGUCUCAAAGAUCUCAAGUCAUGUAAUCAUGAGGGGGAGUAG